AUGUCAACGCGUCGUAAACGUGAUAAUUUUCGAAAACAUCCAUCUGGUCAUCAAAAAAGAUUAAAACAAGAUAAAAAAAAACAAUAUUUGUUAAAACAACACGGUGCCUUUGAUAAAUUUCUUAGAGAAACAACCAUAUUACCGAAUGCAGAAAAUACAAUUGAAAAUAAUGAUGGGGAAAAGGAAAUUCAAAAUAAUAAUUCAGAUAAUAGUAUGGAAUCUGAUAAACUGAUUAAUGAAAAUAAAUUAGGGACACAGUCAGAUAUGGAAAUCCAAGCAAUUGUAUCUGAUAUUUGUGAUGAAUCUGACCACAUAAUAAUAGACGAUGAACAAUUAAUUGAAAAUAAAUAUGGGGAAAAGGAAAUUCAAAAUAUUAAUUCAGAUAAUAGUAUGGAAUCUGAUAAACUGACUACAGAAAAUAAAGAAAGGAUACAAUCAGACAUGGAAAUCCAAGAAUCUGUUUCUGAUAUUUUUGAUGAAUCUAACAUAAUAAAAGACGAUGAAAAAAAUAUGUUUAAAACUCGUUGGGAGUGUAGAGUAAAUAGUGUAAAAGCUCUACGUUUUCAAUUACCUAGUGUAAUUGAAGCUUUGGAAGAAGUGUCAAAUACAACGAAUGAUCCAAAAACAAAAAGUGAAGCCCAUUCUUUGGUUAUUAAUGAACUAAAUAGCUAUGAAUUUGUGAUAAGUUUAGUGAUCUGGUAUGAAAUUCUGGUGGAAGUAAAUGUUGUUAGUAAGAGUUUGCAAAGUAUAAAUAUGCAUCUGGAAGUAUCUAUUAGUUUGUUAAAAGGACUAAUACAAUUCUUUGAAAAAUAUCGUAAUUCAGGAUUUUAUUCUGCAAAAAUAACAGCUAACAAAAUUUCAGAGGACCUCGAUAUCAAUAAAGAAUUUAAAAAAACCCGUAAAAGAGUCAAAAAGUCACAUUUUAGCUACGAAGGGCCUGACAAUUCAAUUGAAGAUGCUGAACUUAAAUUCAAAUAUGACUUUUUUAAUACAGUAAUUGAUCAAGCACUAAAUUCAAUGAAUGAACGAUUUCUCCAAUUUAAUACAUUCAAUAAUAAUUUUGGCUUCUUGUAUGAAAUUGGACAAUUAAAAAAUAUGAAUAAUGAAGAUUUGAUGAAAAAUUGCAAAGAUCUGCAAAAUAUUCUUUCUGAUGGUGAUUCAAAGGAUAUUGAUAGUAUUGAGUUGUACGAAGAAUUAACAAUUCUAAGAAACAUUAUUGAUGACAGUAAAACAGAUUUUGUCAUUACUUAA